ACGCGUCUGGUUCCUUCUCUGGUCCCCGGUCAUUGUAAAAGAUCUUUUCAGCGUCCUCCCAAUCAACCCGGUUUGUUGUAGAACCCUCUCGAGAGUCGAGACUCGAGAGUGCACGAACCUCCCUGCCUCGCUCGUUCCUGCUAUAAAUAAAACCAUCCCCACCUCUCCACCACCAGUCAGAGAAGCGCGCGCAAAAGCAUCCGCAAUCGAGAAAGCACCUCCCCUACGCCAACAGCAGUCUCGUCUUCUUCUUCUUCUUCUUCUUCUUCAUUGUAGUAGUUGUUGUAGGCUUAAAAGCUAACAACCAGGGAAAGAAAACAGAGAGAGCGAGAGAGAGAGAAAUGGCGCUGAUCCCCCGCAGCAACAUCUUCGACCCCUUCUCCCUCGACGUCUUCGACCCCUUCGAGAACUUCUUCCCCUUCGGCGGCGGCAGCAGCGCCCUCGCCUUCCCGAGGCUGGCGUCGCCGUCGUCGUGGGCGGUGUCGUUUCCGAGGGAGACGGCGGCGUUCGCGGGCGCCCGCAUAGACUGGAAGGAGACCCCCGAGGCGCACGUGUUCCAGGCGGACCUGCCCGGGCUGAAGAAGGAGGAGGUGAAGGUGGAGGUGGAGGAGGGCAACGUCCUCCGCAUCAGCGGCGAGCGCACCAGGGAGCAGGAGGAGAAGACCGACACCUGGCACCGCGUCGAGCGCAGCAGCGGCAAGUUCCUCCGCAGCUUCCGCCUCCCCGACAACGCCAAGACGGACGAAGUUAAGGCCACCAUGGAGAACGGGGUCCUCACCGUCACCGUCCCCAAGAAGGAGCCCGCCAAGAAGCCUGAGGUCAAGCCCGUCCAGAUCGCCGCCGCCUGAAAACAAAAUAUAUAAUUAUAGGAAAAAUAAUAAUAAUGAACAAUAAUAAGCAUCUCCAUCUCCAGUCCGAGUCCGAGUCUGAGUUCGAGUUUUAAAUAAUCAUCAUCAUCAUCAUCAUCAUCAUCAUCAUCAUCCUGUUAUGUUCUUUGCGUCUCUUCUACACUACUUUGUCUGCACUAGUAUUUGGGUCCGUGUUUCCUGUGUGUUGCCUUUUGAUUUCCGAAGGGUUGUCUCUGGUUGACGUCAUGCUCGUCUUGUUACCUGUCUUUUGGUUGGUUUUCCGGUGCAUCUGUAAGUAAAUUGCAGUUAGUAGCAAUAAAGUCUUUUUCUUUUCUAA